UAAAACUCUGCAAAAGACAAUUUCAACCAACCAAACCACCCACCCACUCAAAACGUCUGCCGUCAGCCGCCAUGGCAGCGCUCUCCUCCGCCGUCGCUCUCGCCGCCAAACCCCUUUCACUCCCCAAAAACCACCGCGCCAGGGCGGCGGAGUUCCACUCCACCAAACUCCAGCUCAGCACAACGCAAUUGAAAUUCGCCAACCUCUCGGCCCCUCUCCGCUCCCUCCCCAGCCUCCGCCUCCGCCUCCGCCUCCGCGUCUCUUCCAACGACGCUCGCUUCAAUUCGGCUCCCGAGGAGAACCGAGAGCAGCCGAGCUUCGCAGAGUUCAUCACUUCCGAGAGAGUCAAAGUUGUGGCCAUGCUCGCUCUCGCCCUCGCUCUCUGCAACGCCGAUCGCGUCGUCAUGUCCGUCGCCAUCGUCCCCUUGUCCCUCGCCAACGGCUGGACCCGCGCCUUCGCCGGAAUCGUUCAGUCGUCUUUCCUGUGGGGGUAUCUGGCUUCCCCUAUCGCUGGAGGGGUGUUGGUGGAUAUCUAUGGUGGCAAAGUGGUGAUGGCUUGGGGUGUGGCAUUGUGGUCCCUCGCUACUUUUCUCACCCCUUGGGCUGCUCAGACAUCACUCUUGGCUCUACUUGCCGUCCGUGCCUUGCUUGGUGUCGCCGAAGGGGUCGCGCUUCCUUCCAUGAAUAACAUGGUCGCCAGAUGGUUUCCACAAACUGAGCGAUCAAGGGCUGUAGGAAUCUCAAUGGCUGGAUUUCAGCUUGGAUGUGCGAUAGGGCUCACUCUUUCUCCCAUUCUCAUGUCACAAGGUGGUAUGUUCGGUCCUUUUGUGAUUUUUGGAUUGUCUGGGUUUCUUUGGGUGUUGGUGUGGUUGUCUGCAACUUCAAGCACUCCUGAUCGAAGUCCUCAGAUAUCAAAAUAUGAGCUGGAGUAUAUAUUAAAUAGAAAGGACAAGUCUUUUAUGGUGGAGACACCUAAGCCAAAGAAAGUUAAAGUGAUCCCUCCUUUUAGGAAGUUGCUUUCGAAGUUGCCAACAUGGUCUCUAAUAGUUGCAAAUGCCAUGCACAGUUGGGGUUUUUUUAUUGUUCUUUCUUGGAUGCCGAUAUACUUCAGCACAGUGUACCGUGUGGAUCUCAGGCAUGCAGCAUGGUUUAGUGCAGUUCCAUGGGCUGUGAUGGCUAUCAUGAAUUACAUUGCUGGCUUGUGGUCGGAUAUGAUGAUACAAAGUGGUAUAAGUGUCACUUUGACCCGUAAGAUCAUGCAGUCCAUUGGUUUUGUUGGUCCUGGACUCUGCCUCAUCGGCUUAGCUACAGCCAAAAACCCCUCAAUUGGUUCUGCUUGGCUUACUUUUGCUUUUGGCCUGAAAUCUUUCAGUCACUCUGGUUUUCUUGUGAACCUUCAGGAGAUUGCACCACAGUAUUCUGGUGUUUUACAUGGAAUGUCAAAUACUGCUGGAACAUUGGCUGCUAUAAUUGGAACAGUUGGAGCUGGGUUUUUCGUUGAACUAGUUGGUUCCUUCCCAGGAUUUCUGUUGCUUACAUCACUCCUUUAUUUUCUUGCUGCAAUUUUCUACUGCCUAUUUUCUACUGGAGAAAGAGUAAAUUUUGACGAUCCUGUUGUCUGACGAGUGCUGAAAACUACAUAGUGUACUGUACAGUUCAAUUUCUUGUAUACGAAAGGAGAUAGCUCAAGAAUGGCAGAGAUGGUUACGUGAUCUAACUGUCAUGUGACGCCUGCAAGUGUAAAACAGAUGCUAACCAUCUGUUUACUGUAAAAUCAUUGAUGUAUAGUUUGUUUUUAGGAUUUCUUGGAUUCGGAGAAUAUACUUAAAAUAAAAUAAAAUAAAGGAGAAAAAAUAUACAGUAAUAAGGUUUCUGACCGUUUCGUGCUUGAUCAUGGAGUCUAUUUGCUGGUUUGCAUA